AUGGCGGAAGAUAUGGCGAACCGUUACCAGGUGAUGGAGGAAUUGGGAAGUGGCAGCUUUGGCACCGUUUACAAGGCCAUUGAUAAACAUACCGGCGAGAUUGUCGCUGUCAAACAUAUCGAUCUUGAGUCCAGUGAGGAUGAUAUCCAGGAGAUUCAACAAGAGAUUUCCGUCCUGGCUACUUGCGCCAGUGCGUUUGUUACACAAUACAAAGCCAGUUUCUUGAAGGGGCAUAAGCUUUGGAUUGUUAUGGAAUAUUUGGGUGGCGGAUCAUGCCUGGACCUGUUGAAACCAGGGGUUUUCAACGAAGCACAUGUCGCCAUUGUCUGUCAACAGCUACUACAAGGUCUCGAGUACCUGCACGCCGAAGGAAAGAUUCACCGUGAUGUCAAGGCUGCGAACGUCUUGCUCUCGAAUACGGGAAAGGUCAAGCUGGCAGACUUCGGUGUGGCUGCGCAGCUGGUCAACAUCAAGUCCCAGCGCAACACCUUCGUGGGGACUCCUUUCUGGAUGGCGCCGGAAGUAAUCCAGCAGGCUGGUUACGACUUCAAGGCAGAUAUCUGGUCACUGGGUAUCACUGCGAUUGAAAUGAUCAAUGGCGAGCCACCGCAUGCUAGCACACAUCCCAUGAAGGUCUUGUUCCUUAUCCCGAAGCAGCCUGCGCCUCGCCUCGAGGGUAAUGAUUACAGCAACACCUUCAAGGACUUUGUUGCACUUUGCCUGACCAAAGACCCGGAUCGUCGGCCGAGCGCAAAGGAGUUGCUGCGACACAAGUUCAUUCGAAAUGCUGGAAAGACCGAGGCACUGCAGGAGUUGAUUCAACGCAAGCAGGAGUGGGACGCUGGUCGAGGAGUCUGCAAAGACGUGAAGUACUACGCGGAGUCACUCAACACUCUGACGAAGCCACCUCCUCCCGAGGAUGACGAGGACUGGGUCUUUGACACCGUGAAAGCGCCGACCAUGUGGGUGCCCAAGGGCAAAGACUGGUCCACGCUUGACGAGGAGGAGGAUGAUUGCGAUCCGGCCGAGCUCUUACAAGACAUGCACAUUUCUCAAGAACCCCCAGCACCUCCCAAGCACCAGGUCAAUCCGGCUAUCCAAGCUAACUCGACUGUCCGACGUACACCAACAGUCGAACGAUCGGCCGAGCGAUCUCCUUCUAUCCGGCGCGCCAACACAAAACGCCGUUCCAGUGGUGUGAAGCAGCCUCUAGGUCUUGACUUGAGCUUUGGCAAUAGCCCUUCCACUGUUCGCCAAUUCCGUCGAGUAUCAGACAAGGUCCCGACUGAAUCUACAACCCCCAAGGUUCCACCCGGUUUCGAUGAGAACACCAGCCCCAAGCCAUUCUCGUCUUCUGAGUCAACUAGCAAAGAGGCUCAAUUGGGGCGGCGUGCAUACAGCAGGGCCGUCGGCAUGUCCUGCCAGGAAGUCCUCGCCAAUACUGGAGACGGCGAAAAACGAGAGGCCAUCUCCCGACUGGCCGAGGCCUGGAGCGAUCUGGAGAUGGUCGAUCCAGAGGGUCUCUACCAUAUUAUCCGAACCAUGAACGAACGACUCCAAGCCGAUCCCCGCCUCUCCUCCUUGAUUCCCGCACCCCCCGCCCAACCUGACUCUCCCGGCCGCCCUCGCUUGGUGCUGGCCCAAAACAACCCCCACCUCAAGAGCCACCGUCGCCGACAGUCGACGCAUGUGGUCGACCCACUACCCCAGUCUCCACCUCGCUCAAGCAUGCCCGGUCAAAAUGUCCCUGGCAUGGAACACACCAAACAACUGUCCGAUGUACUCUACCAGCGUUGGGCAGAGGGACUCCGCAACCGAUGGGGAAUCUAA